AUGGGAUGCAAUUUCCUCUGGAACACAAUCUUCCACAACGAUGGCUUCGGCCAUACCAUGAAAGCCACCGAGGCGUACGAAUACCGAGUGAGGCCUGCUCACGAUCCCUUCUCGGGUGCAAGUGACAAGGCGGCCCGCCAAACGUACACGUUGGCAUGCCAUGUUCCGUGGUCUCUUCUAUCCAUCCGGAUACACACCAUGGCCCGGCAUGAGCUCUCCACAACAAUACCCGGCUCCUUGGAGGAGGUCACCGUCGCAACCGGACGCUGUCAACAACAAGAGCUUGUCCGUCUCGCCCGGAUCACGAGAGGGCGAAGAUUGGUUUUGCCGCUGGCCAACAGGCGGAGAUCUGGUCUGUUGAAUGGACGCCAUACAAUGGAGCCGACUCCUUGCAACGUGAUAGGCCUAACGAGCAGACCAACACACCCUGAUAAUUUGGCUGCAAUCCCCUAUUUGCUUUCUCAGCCUGCCAGGAGGAGCAGGUCGCCACCAACCAUCGUGAACUACCUAUCAACGAACCAAGAGGUGCCCGCUAGGGAAGUCAGGUGUAAGCUGUUCGCCGAGGACAGCACAACAGAACUGCAGGAGUUCACAGUGACAAGGCCGGUGGAAGAUUCGCAGAGGCCGGCAGCAUGGCCUGCGUCCACCGGUGAUUGGCUACGGCGCACUCCCGCACUCAACUCGGGGCUGGAUCGCUUGAAACCAGUCGUGUCGCACGUCUCGACACCCUCUCCGCUGCCCUGCAUCCCUGGUUUCCCUCCUCUGGGCGCCAAUAUCCCGCCGUGUCUUCACUGCUCCUUCGUUGGACACCAGGGACUACCAAGACUUGACCACCACGGCACCACUGCGCUUCAUUACUUCACCAGUCUCCAUAUGGGAAUUGGCUCGCAAGACUGGGGGAACUCGGGGGAGCUACGGAGCGUCCUUUCUACUUACCUUUCGGCGUUGGCGCCCCCUCAGAUUAAUUAA